AUGUCGUCGUCCGAGAGGCCCGCGUCCGCGUCCGCGCCGGCAGACGCCAGCAAGACCGUCGUCCGCGGUGCAUCCCUUCUCAUCAUCCUCCAGAUCGGCUCCCGCGCCGUCACCUUCAUCGCCAACCAGCUUCUGCUCCGCUUCUUGACCGCCCAGCUCCUCGGCGUCUCGACCCAAUUGGAGGUCUACUACCUCUCCGUGCUCUUCUUCGCCCGCGAGAGUCUGCGCGUCGCUGUCCAGCGCCAGGAAACCCGCCCCGGCUCCGGCAAGAAAGAGGACGACUCAAAGGCCCGCGUCGGCCGCGAGAGCCAGGCCGUCGUCAACCUCGGGUAUCUCGCCGUCUUGCUGGGCUGCUUCGUCACCGUCGGCCUGGGGUGGCUCUACCUCUCAUCCGCCGACGAGUCGACCGUCAAGACGCCCAAUUUCCUCCUCGCUCUCCGCUUGUACGCCGUCGCCGCCGUACUGGAGCUGUUGUCGGAACCCUGCUUCGUGCUCAUGCAGACCCGCCUGCAGUUCGGCACCCGCGCAUCCGCCGAGUCGAUUGCCACUUUCCUGCGGUGCAUAGUCACCUUCGGCACAGCGUUCUGGGCGUCGAGAGCCGGCGUCGAGUUUGGCGUCCUCCCUUUCGCCGUUGGCCAACUCUCAUACGGCGCCAGUCUGCUGCUCAUCUACCUCUGGUCCGGGACCCGCCUCGCCCGUGCGGACGGAUUCUCCAUCCUCCCCAAAAGCCUUGGGUCUGGCCAGGAUUACGUCGCCUCCUACUUUUACCGGCCCACCGUCAGCCUGGCGUCCAGCAUGAUGGCCCAGAGCCUCGUCAAGCACGUCCUCACCCAGGGCGACACCUUUUUGGUCUCCAUCCUGUCUACGCCAAAGUCGCAGGGCGUAUACGCGCUGGCCAGCAAUUACGGCGGUCUCCUCGCCCGCCUCGUCCUGCAGCCCAUCGAGGAGAGCAGCCGCAGCUACUUCAGCCGCCUCCUCUCAUCCCAGGACACCGAGACCAAGCCCUCCAAGGAGACCGCGGCCAAGGCCAGCCAACACCUCCACACGCUGCUCAAGUUCUACUUGCUGCUUUCGUCCAUCAUCGUGAGCAUCGGCCCCGUCGCCGCGCCGCCGCUCCUGUCCCUCGUCGCCGGCAAACGCUGGGCAAACGAGGGCGCCGGCGAGGUCCUCGCGGUGUACUGCUACUACAUCCCGCUGCUCGCCAUGAACGGCGUGGCCGAGGCCUUUGUUGCGUCCGUCGCCUCCGAGGCGCAGGUGCACCGCCAAUCGGCCUGGAUGGGCGCCUUCUCCGUCGCCUUUGGCUCGGCCGCCUUCCUCUUCAUGCGCGUCAUGGACCUCGGCGCCUCGGGCCUUGUCUUCGCCAACUGCAUCAACAUGCUCUGCCGCAUCGUCUGGAGUCUCACGUUCGUCAAGUCGUACUUUGGCGGUCUGGAAACGCCGUUUGAACUUUUCACAUUGCAGCCUAACGCCGUCACUUCUAUCGUCUGUCUAUCGGCACCGCACCUCAUCCGGCGGGUGACCGGCGUCGCCUCGCGCGCCUCGUCCACCUCCUUCAAGGACCUCAUCGCCAUCGGCCUCGCCGCUGUGCCCGUCGUCCUUUUGAUACUCUUCGCCGAACGCAUAUUCCUCCUGCAAUGUUACAACUCGGCCCGCAGGCCAAAGACUGCGUAG